AUGGCGACGUCGCCCGCAGACGGCGUCUCCAUACGGACCAUCAGACUGAAAGUUCUGUACACAUUUGAUUCCGAGCAAAAAGACAACCACCUCGCACGAUGGCCCCACCCUUUAGAAGUGCAGACUGCUUUCAUUGACGACAUAAAUCUGAUCGGCGUGAUCGAUCUGCGGAUCUGUUUGGAAGCUGUCACAACUGCUAGCCCUGAACUCACCACUCUUGUCGAUAAUGACUACACCAUUUAUGCAUAUGAUUACUCAGAACCUGAUACACCAUUAGUCGGACAAGGGAUGCUGUCGAAAGCGCUAGCCGGUCAAGCUCAAGGCACUAGCACCGAUGGCGAGACAAUGGUCACGGGCAAGAUCUCCAAAAAUAUUAUGGGCUUGUUCUCUAAAAAUGCUCAAGAGACGUUGGAAGUCAAACUUCGAUUUACCCCGGUCAACACGUUUGCACAGGCAAGGUAUCGCUCAGGCAGUGUCAGCUCACAAGACGGGAUGCGGCCUCACUGGAGCAAUGGCUCUUCUCUACUGUCAUUGCAGCGAUCAGCUUCGCCAAUCGAUACUUCCGGCCUAGAAACGAUGCAGCGGAUGCUGAGCGGUGAGACCCUGCAGGGGUCAGGAUCAGGCAGCAGACCCGGCACACCGAUAGGAACGCAGCACCUCAAUCAUCCUGCACGGCAGUCUGGCCAUCCGUCCCGGCCUAGUUCAAGAGCAGGAAUGCGUCAGAGUUCUGAAGGGAGACGUGAAUCAUUUCAGUCAGGAUAUUACAGUGGCGAUGAAAUCGGGGAAGAAGGUCCGGCAAGAAAGAGAGCGAAGACGACCAAAGUUGAUUUGCCGACAAAGUCCAAUUUCAAUAUCGAACGACAACCCGAGUCGCUAAGAGUCGUUGCCAGUGCUGCAUCAAGCCUCCGACUUCAUCGCCCCAUCGCCGUUAACCCUGCUGCAGCCGUUCAGGCAAAUUCUCAAAACGAACAAUCUGUAAGGCCACCCACCCCGAUUCCUGCUUCGAAAACAGCCAAACCACGAGGAAGACCAGGCCGACCACGAAAGAACCCUCCUAGCAGUUUGGCACAGGGAUCCCAGGUUAGAGAGUCCUCCCCAACAGCAGAUGUUGGUCCUCAGCCUGAGCUCCUUGCCGUGCCCAUCGCCUCGCCCGAGGACACUCGAGGCCAAAGUGUCGGCAGCACGCCCGCCAAUAUCCCGUCGUCGCCGCCUGUCAUGCCAGAACUUCGGCAACCAGCGAUUACCAGUCCUGUACUUCCCCCUGUGAUUGAUACCUCUGGGCACGACUACGGGUUUAUGAGUGGUAACCUCGAAGACCUGUUUGGAGACGACCACUUGUUGCAAUUUGACGACUUCAUCGUGGACAAACCAGAAGACCUUGAUAUGGAUGAGGCUAGUCAGGAAAAGCAGCCUGCGACCGACCAGUAUCCUCCGGUCUUUGAAGAGGGCAAUGAUGUCGAAGAGGCACAACCCCCACACCCGAGCUACAAUAUCAUGCCCCCACCGCUUCCUGUUGCAUCAAAGCCGCUGGCUAGAGCACAAUCGUACACCCCGGCACCGGCACCACGAGUCAGCAUGUCAUCUCCACGACUGGCACCGGCUCCUAUUCCAAGAGCUCGCCAACUCAUGGAAGAGCAACGUGAGCAACAGCGCAAAAUAGCUCCUGCACCCCUGGUACCGAAAAGUGAUCCCGCUCCCAGGGUCCUGCAACGAGCGCAAACAUGGGCACCUGAUAGUGAUGUUCCUAUGUCAGAUGCUCCCGGAGGAGAGGAGGCAAAGGCAAAGGCUGCAUCCAAGAAGAAGGUCGGCAAGGAGCAGACCAAGGCAAGAUUGGAGAAUGCUAUCGCAAAUGGAGUUAUGCCACCAUUCUGUGACAAUUGCGGCGCAAUAGAAACACCCGCGUGGAGAAGAGCUUAUGUCAGGGUUUUUGACUGCCCUUGGGAUGAUGUCGAAACAUCCCUCAAUCAUGGUGAAUGCUGCUUCAAGGAGCCAAUUGAUCACAAUCCCGAUGGAACAGUGAAAACUUUCCGAGGCUACAAAGUAGACAAGCGACUAGGUGACGAGGCAGACGACUGGGAGGCAAUAACUUUGUGCAAUCCGUGCGGCUUAUGGUUUCACAAGCAGAAAUGCCCUCGACCUGCUUCAAAAUGGCAAAAGAAAGAUCCCAAAGAGAAGGGCAAGCGCAAGCGGAAUCCUCCAAAACCUUUUGGAAAGACCCAUGGGAAUUCUAACCCCAGAAGUGAUGCCCAGAGCCCUCCUAGCGACGACUCUUCUCCGGGUGACUCGGCGACGGAUGCUCCUGAUGCAGAAGAGAACGACACUGAGAUCUCUCAAAAUGGCAAUGCUGCUGCUGACGAUGGCGAGCCGCAGCUGCCCCCGAUCCCACGCUCGUUUCGGGCGAACAGCGCAGGUCCGGGGACCAGAGGUCUACAAGCACGGACUCGUCAACAGACCGGUGGCAGACAGGUGCAAUCAAGUCCUACACGUGCUCAUGGUUCAGAAGACAUUCCUAUAGAGAUCGAUCUAACACCGAAGCCUGUGCGAAGACAGCUCUUCCCUUCGCCAGACAAAUCGCAAAUACGAUUGGAUUCUGGUCCGCCCCAUACAGCUGCCGAUACCUCCUUGCCUGCUUUCGUCAGACGAAGCCCCAGACUCAACAAAACCAGGGAUUUCUUUGCAGUAUCGACAGCGGCGGUUGAACUGGACGUCAAUGGAAAGGAGAACGUGGCCCCUGCUACGGCGGUGGUUGAUGAUGGUCUUGCAGAGUUGUUCGAGGAAGCUCCCGCGGAUAUUGAACUUCCACCCACGACUCCGACGCCCAAGAGACGAUCUGAGCGUAUUCUACUCAAGACGCCCUCUAAGACACCGCAACGUCAAUUUGGUGCCCAAUUGUCUCCUAAUGCUGACCAGUUGCCCCAUUUCCGGACACCAAAGCCGAGGCAAGAUCAACAUCCUGCUCUUACUGCGUUGCUUGGCACAGUGCCGAAAGACGUGCUGCAGAUGACACCUUUCUCUCGCUCUAUUCAUGAAGCAUUGACCGGCGACCACGCCCUGGAUCUUAAUCUGACGGAGGAUGACAAAGCUAUCUUGCGGGCCGGUGAGAAAAAAGAAACACCUAAAAAGGCCAUUUCAUUUGACUUUCCCGAUUUGCCAUCUCUCAAGAACUCUUCUCCAAUGUCGGGUGACCAGCUGAUGAACUUCGCCUUCUCGGAAAUGACAACGGAUCAGUUGACUAGUGAUCUGAUUGAUCCCUUCGCCACUACUGCGAUGACCAGUUCGCCGCCUACGGGGAUUUUCGGGUAUCUCGACACCACCGAAAUGGACAAUGGCGUCAGCUCGAUGUGGGAGAGUCUCGUUGAUGCGAAUGUGGCUUACCAUACUGGACAAUCUGCAUACCCUGACCCUGAAGCAUUGACAGUUCCAGAGACUGCUGUCCAAGGGGUGCGCAGAAGCCCAAGAAGACAGAACGCGAAGUGA